AUCGAUGAAUUUGUGGCGAACAUAACUGAUGCAACUCUUGAACAAAUGCAUUAUCUUCACGCGACACUGACAGAGAUGCUUGAUGGGAGACAUGCAGAGGUAGAUGACAUUCUUCCUGAUGGCUUUAGAGUGAGAAAAGGAGAUGGAGUAAACUACAUGACCUAUGCCAUGGGCAGAAUGCCUUAUAUUUGGGGAAAAGAUGCUGACGAUUUCCGACCUGAAAGAUGGCUCAACAAUGGAAUUUUCCAGCCCGAAUCACCCUUCAAAUUCGUAGCAUUUCAUGUUAGUCCUCGGAUUUGUCUAGGGAAGGACUUUGCUUACUGGCAGAUGAAGAUAGUAGCGAUUGCUCUUCUUCGCUUCUUCCGCUUUAAAUUGGCUGAUGAAACGAGAAGUGUAACAUAUAGGACCAUGUUCACCCUGCACAUAGAUGGCAGUCUCCCUAUGCUUGCAGUUCCAAGGACAGCCUGAUAAACUUCCUCUAUGUGAAGCUGAAGCAAAACAAUGUUCACUUUGAUGAACUCUUGUGAUAUUGGAGUGUGAACACUUUCUUUAUGUAUAUACAAUUAAAUGACACGAUAGCAUGUGAUAUGUUAUAUUUAAAUAGAAACAACCUUCUUGUAAUA